CGGCCGCCGGCCGGGCAGCGCCCCCUGGGCGACGAUGGCGGGGAUUGGGGCGCCCUCCAGCUCCUCCUCCUCGGGUGGCGGGCGAGGCCCCGCCCCGCCCUCCAAAGGCCCCGCCCCUCUGGCGCGGUCUCCUCCCGGCGGCGGCGGAGGCAGCAGCAGCGUCGCCUCCAUUUUCUCCUCAGCCGUCGCCUCGUCCUCCUCCAGCGCCGGCGCUCACGGCCGCCGCGGGCCCGAACCGCCGCCCAAGCCCCGGCCCCGCCGCCCGAGCCCCGUCGCCGCCGCCGCCCCCGCGCGAGGGAGGCCCCCCAGCGCCGCGCCCCCGCCGCCCGGCCUCGCCCGCCGCCCGGCCGCCGCCUCCGCUGCAGUCACCGCCGCCAUGAACGAGGAGUACGACGUGAUCGUGCUGGGCACCGGCCUGACGGAAUGCAUCCUCUCUGGCAUCAUGUCGGUGAAUGGCAAAAAGGUCCUGCACAUGGACCGCAAUGCUUACUAUGGAGGGGAAAGUGCUUCUAUUACACCCCUGGAAGAUCUGUACAAAAGGUUUUCCAUGCCAGGAGUCGUCCCGGAGUCGAUGGGCCGAGGAAGAGACUGGAACGUCGAUCUGAUCCCCAAAUUUCUUAUGGCCUGUGGCCAGUUGGUCAAGAUGCUGCUGUACACGGAGGUGACUCGCUACCUGGACUUCAAGGUGAUCGAAGGCAGCUUCGUCUACAAGGGCGGGAAGAUCUAUAAAGUCCCUUCAACCGAAGCGGAAGCCCUCGCCUCCAGUUUGAUGGGCCUGUUUGAGAAAAGACGCUUCCGGAAGUUUCUAGUCUACGUGGCCAACUUUGACGAGAACGACGCCCGCACCUUCGAAGGGGUGGACCCCAAGAAGACCACCAUGCGCGACGUCUACAAGAAGUUUGACCUCGGCCAGGAUGUGAUUGACUUCACGGGCCACGCCCUGGCCCUGUACAGGACGGAUGACUAUCUAGAUCAACCUUGCCAAGAAACCAUCAACAGGAUUAAACUGUACAGCGAGUCUUUGGCGAGAUACGGCAAAAGUCCCUACCUCUACCCUCUCUAUGGCUUGGGCGAGCUGCCCCAGGGAUUCGCCAGGCUCAGUGCCAUCUACGGAGGGACCUACAUGUUGAACAAGCCCAUCGAAGAGAUUGUCAUAGAGAACGGCAAAGUGGUCGGCGUGAAAUCGGAAGGCGAGAUCGCCCGUUGCAAGCAGCUCAUCUGCGACCCCAGCUACGUCCCGGACCGGGUGAAGAAAAUGGGCAAGGUGAUCCGGGUCAUCUGCAUCCUGAACCACCCCAUCCGGAACACCAACGACGCCAACUCCUGCCAGAUCAUCAUUCCCCAGAACCAAGUCAACCGGAAGUCGGACAUCUACGUCUGCAUGAUCUCGUCCGCCCACAACGUGGCGGCCCAGGGCAAGUACAUCGCCAUUGUGAGCACCACCGUGGAGACCAACAAUCCCGACAAGGAGAUCAGGCCCGCCAUGGACCUGCUGGAGCCCAUUGAGGAGAAAUUUGUUAGUGUCAGCGACAUGUUUUCACCAACCGACCUGGGCAGAGAAAGCCAGAUCUUUAUCUCCCGCACCUACGACCCCACCACCCACUUUGAGACCACCUGCGAUGACAUCAAAGACAUUUACAAGCGGAUGAUGGGCUCCGAGUUCGACUUCGAAGAGAUGAAGCGGAAGAAGAACGACAUCUACGGAGAGGAGGAGCAGCAGUGAGCGGGGCCAGGACGUCUCUCAAUACCCCACCCCACCCCACUCCCUGGCUCUCGGCCGCUGGCUGGGGGCGCCCCCCCCCCCCGCACGGAGGACCUUUUAAGCUGAGCGCCAUACCCAGCUCACCGUUGUAAGGCCCUGUUUUUUUUUUCCCUCUCUGCCUCCUUCCUUCCUUCCCUCCAUCCCUCUCUCUUUCUCUGCCCUCCCUCCCUGAAUCAUAUCUCUGGAGAUUGAAAGGACCCUGCGCUGAUCCAAACCCCUCCCUCCCUCUCUUUUCCGAUAUAAUCAUGUGUCCAUUUCAGGUUGCGGUGUUCAGAUUGGCAGGUGCUACAACCCCCACAACUCUCUCUCUCUAACUCUUUUGCUAACUCCGCUCUCAGCCCUUCGAAAAAGAAAGAAAGAAAGAAAGAAAGAAAGGAAGGAAGAGAAAGAAAGAAAGAAGAAAGAAAGAAAGAAAGAAAGAAAGAAAGAAAGAAAGAAAGAAAGAGAAGCCAGCCGGUUCCCGAGUGGGAUGGGGGUAAAAUGGGACACAAGGACCACCAGCCAGAGGGUCUCUCUUAGCCCCCCCCCAGACUACCAUCUUUUCCCCCCAAAUCCUGGCGGUCCAUGCCCUGAUAUCAGCCUUUCUCUCUUCCCCCCCCCCCAAGAAAAUAAAAAUAUCCCAUUUCAUGCCAGCCAAAAGUUCCCAUCGAAUCUGCUCGCCUGCCAAAAGCUGCCUUCCAGCUGCCCCUCCUGAAGCGGCAGCUCGUUAAAAAAAGAGUCCCCGACAAUUUUGCGGUUUUUGGGUUCAUUUUUUUUUGUUUAAACCCCCCUCCUUAAAUCUCCCCCGUCCUCCUAAGCUUCUCAAAACUUGUUUACAUCUGUUGGGACACAACUGCGCCGCGAGGCUUCUGUUUGUGUUUUAAAAGUGCUACUAAUAAAAAAAAGAAAAAGAAAAAA